GACCAAACGGACGCAGUUUCGAGCUUUCAUUAAAAAAUUGUAAUGCGUGCGUAAAUAUUUAACACGUGUGUUCAAUACAGCAAAAUUUAGUAAACGCGUUUUCGACCAGUUUAAUAUAAUUAUAUUUUAAAUGUAUGUGUUUUGGGCGCUCAGUUUUGUGAUUUUAGCCAGUUUUCGUACCGGCUCGGGACACAGAUAUGGUGCGGAUCCAAUGGCUUGCGAUACAAUGAAGCCGGGACACGGCUCCAAUGUUCGGCAAACUCGCCACACACCCUACAUUAUCGAUACCAACAUGGACGGCUAUGUUCCAUGCGAUAAUCAACAACAGCAGAAUUGUGGCGUUCUUGUCCGCAUUAGAGGCCGUAUAGGAGCGACAAACGGAGGCCAAUUUAAGGGGUUCCUAUUGCAGGCCCGGACCAAAACCCCGGAAGGAGUACUUCAAUACGUUGGAGAAUAUCGCUACGUCAACGGACAGCCAGUAGUAGCGCGGAACAACGCAAACCAGAUCAACGGAGCGCGCAUGUCAGGACAGUUUGGCGGAAAUUUCAACCCCAUAGGAGGGGACGUACCCAUGGCCCUGGGGCAGGUCGGACCCCCAGGCUUCCCUGGGAGCCCAGGUGUGUUCCCUCCAGGCGGUGGACCAAACGCCCCGUUCCCCGGUAAUAACGGACCAUUUCCUGGCAAUACCGGAGCGUUCCCAGGAAAUACGGGAUUCCCGGCAAAUACUAUUGGUGGUAUUAAUAGCUUGGUCAACUCGAACGUGAUGGUACAGCGUAUGCAGUGUGUGCGGGGAACCGCGGUGACUCACACAGAAAACAAUAUCAAAAACGUCGUUAGUCUCAUCUGGAUUCCACCAAUGGGAUUCAACCAACCGGUCGAGUUUGUGGCAACCGUUGUACAGGACUACAACACUUUCUGGAUGGGACACAGGUCCAAGCGCCUAAAUGCCAGGCCCGCAUUGCGCAACAGACCCGGGGGCAUAGCAAGCACUGCACGAUUUUUCAGCGUCGCCGGCGCAAGUCACGUCACUUCCGGUUUUGUCGUCGUGUUGAUGUCAUUAGUCAGUCUGCUUUUUGUUAUGCUUUAAAAUUUAAAUAUUGUCGAUCAUCGCAUGAUACAUCGCACUCUCCAUUGACUUUGGUUUGCAUUUGUGUUAUCUCAAAACAUUAUAUCUCGAAACAGUAUUGUACAGUUCGCAUUGCCACUUCUGUUGAUAACUAAGUUUCGAUUUGAUCGGAAAUCCAUAUUUUUGUUUUCUUAUUAAAAGCCUGAAAACAGAUGCUUAGACUUUUUUGAGUUAUUGCAGCGUAUGACGGCUUUACGACUGGGAUUUAUACUUAUAUUCAUCUUAUUAUGCAUUAUAUGAUAAGUAGACCUAUAUAUAUUCGUUUGUUAACCCUUUCAGCGCUGGAACCGAAUUUUAAAAGCCUUUGCAAACAGUUUGGAUCCAGAUGAGACGCCACAGAACGUGGCGUCUCAUCAGGAUCCAAACUGUUUGCUAUUCUGAUAGUAUUCUUUGAAAAAAUUCUAGGAAAAUGCUAAUUUUAGAAAUUCAGCAGACAACAUUUUAGCAGACUACAAAUUUCCAAGCAUGCAAAG